AUGUUGAAAACUAUCUUUCUUCUCUGUUCCAGCGGUCAGUAUUCCAUCCUUGUCUCCGUCCACUCCAAUGGCGAAGAAGAAGAGCCAGUUGUGGCCGUACGAAUAAAAAACAUCGAUGGAGCAGGCUCGAAUGGAUUUUUUACGAUGUUUAUGACGUAAGCUCUCCCUUUUACAUUGAUUUGCUUGGAAUUUAGGAAAACUAUCCUUUUUCUGGCCCCGCGCUUCGCAGCUUGCGCCCCGGUUUCCCUGCAGACUGCGAAUAAAAGUAGGAAACAGCCUAAGCCUGAGGCUAAGCCUAAGCUGCCUAAGCCUGAGGCUCAGCCUAAGCCUGAGGCUAAGCCUAACCUGCCUAAGCCUGAGGCUAAGCCUGAGGCUAAGCCUAAGCCUGAGGCUAAGCCUAACCUGCCUAAGCCUGAGGCUCAGCCUAAGCCUGAGGCUAAGCCUAACCUGCCUAAGCCUGAGACUAAGCCUAAGCCUGAGGCUCAGCCUAAGCCUGAGGCUAAGCUAAGCCUGAAAUUCCUACGUGUUUCUCAAAUUCCUAACCGUGUUUCGCAGUCAGCAAAAGUUGUGGGCGCGAACCGGAAAUUCUUGCUUUUCGGCGGGGCCAGAAAAAGGAUAGUUUACCGGAAUUUAGGCUGUAAAUUUUGGUGUUGGGGGCCAAUAUUGUUGUAGAUAAAAAAAGGUAUACCCAAAAAGUUGCACAAUUGGUUAUAGCGAUUGCGUGGAUCGCUUUACGCAGACUUUUUUCUGUCCAUUAUUUGAUUUCGUCCUGAUUUUUCUAAAUCAAAAGAAAUUUUUUUCUGUCGUCUUAUCGGCAAAAGUGUUACGGGUGUUUAUUACAAUAGUGUAAGUGUAUAUUUGCAAUGAAAUUUCUGAUCUCCUUCGUUUUUCUUCUUGAUUGUAUAAGUGGCGUAACAAUAAGAGAUGUGGAAUGGAUGCUGAGAAAGGAUCGAACCAAUUUCCCAUUAAACUGCCUAUAUCUCGCAGUUGAGCAGGCGGCGUUUUGCACUGUCUCAAAAGAUACGACUAUGAAAGACGUGAGUAAUUGGAUGAUUUUUUAAUUUUUUUUAUGAAGUGCUGUAUUUGCUUUUUUAAUUUCGUAUUUUUGUUACGUGAGUCACUAUUGCUUUUUGACAUCUUAGACUUGGCUAUGCGACCAAUGAUCACCUGCGUGAAAGCCGUCGAAUAUUCGGCUGCCCGUGAUUCGUUUACAGUUUAGGAAUUAUUUUAGACGCUAUACGCUCUGGGAUUUUCAAAUUAUCCGGUGACCAAAGCGAGCUUCAUGUGCUUCCGACCUUUGGACGACAUUGAAAUUGAUCCUCCGGCUUCAAUCGAAUGGAUGGACACUUUUAAUUGCGGAAUCACCUCAAUCAAGAUUGGAGUGGAAGGGAAAACGUACCCAUCGCUAACAUAUUUAAGUUUGCGAUAUAAUUUGCUGUCUGUUGUGCCAUAUUUGGGAAGAUUGCCGAAUUUGAAAAGGCUGAUCUUGAGAGAAAAUCAAAUUAGAAAUGUAUGGAUGAAUUCUUUUACCAAUAAUGAGAAAUUGGAGGUCUUGGAUUUGGCACACAAUGAGAUAAAGAGAAUUCAAGACGGAGCGUUUGAACGGAAGGUGGACCAAAUUAUUUUGGAAGGUAAUUUUUCUCGCCAUGUUGAUACAAUAGGACCUUGUUACAACGAUUCGAAAGGGAUCAAAAGAUCUAUUUUUUGGACAGGGGCUCCACCGCGAUUUAAAAAAUAUACUUUUAGGAAAUGAUGACCUCAUCUGCUCACCAACAUACGUAAAUUUUCUUCGGUACGUCGUCAAAUAUAGAGUACAAAUCGUCUUCUCCAAGUGGAAUAAAAUGUGUGAAAAGUAA